CUUGGAGGGCAUUUCCUUGUCUCGGGAAAUAGCUUCUUUAGGGAAAUAGCUUCUUUAGGUUCCAAGGAGUGAGGUGUGGCUUCGCUUGCUCUUAAAGGAGAUGGUAUACAAGACUCAACUUCAGGGAGAUGCGCUCCUCACAAACACCCUCCUCCAGCAUCAGUGUGUUGAACAAGGAGACUGCACGUGCCUUACACGUCCAAGACAUUGCCUGUGUGAACUCCUGUGAGUUGGUAGUCCACAAAGCCAAGGCCCUCGUCCUUCGGGGACUACUCUACCCAGAAGACCCUGCGCCUCACGCCUGCAAAGUUCGACCAAUAAAAGAGCGUUUCCGUGCGAUCGAUGGGCGUCAAGGCGGAACUUCCGUCGCACACCUGGCCACAGUCAUCUUGGCCUUUCUAGUGUCUUGUCUACUCCGCGCUAUUCUUCAGCGGUCAGUGGAGCGCGAGAUAGUGAGCAGGACGAUCGGAGAGCCAGUGUUGUCCUUGCUGACGGAGGCGGUUCUGAGGAUUACCGGGGGUGCUGCUGCGUGACAACAGUUUCGGUAGAGUCUGCUUUUCCUGGCUUUACCCCCACUUACAGGCUUUGAUGGUGACUCUUGCCCGGAAGGACCUGGCUCAGGUACCUAUGGGUGCAGAAGUGCUUACUCACCAUGCACAGGGCAGUGUGACCUUUGGGGAUGUGGCUGUGGACUUUUCCUGGGAAGAGUGGAAGCUUCUUGAUGAGACACAGAGACUCCUGUACUUGGAUGUGAUGCUGGAGAACAUUGCCCUUGUGGCUUCAUUGGGACUUGUAUCUUCCCGAAUUCAUGUUGUUCAACUGGAGGUGGGGGAAAAGACCUGGAUGCCUGAUACGGCUGACUUCACUCCAGCCAUCUCGAGGGGACCUAACUCUGGUUGUUGGUUUCCAAUGGAAGUUGAGGAGGCAUCUUCUCAAGGAGAGUCACAAGUCAGGGCUCUCAGUGUAGAUACUGUCACCCAGAAGGUCUACCCUUGUGAGAUGUGUGGCCCAGUGAUGAAGGACAUUUUGUUGCUGGGUGAGCAUCAGGAAAUACACCCUGGACAAAAGCUGCACACAUGUGAGGCCUGUGGAAGACAGCUGUGGUUCUUUACAGAUGUUCUUCAACACCAGGAUCAGUACAGUGAAGAGAAAGAUGCCAGGGUGUGUGAAGAGAUGGCUGUGUUUGUUAACAGCUCUACAGCACACACCCCAGCGAGUUCUUUUAUGUGUAUAGAUGAUGAAGAGGAUCUCCUGGGCAGCUCAAGCCGUCUUCAGCACCCAGCGAGGAGUAACGAAGGAAAUCCACACACAAGCACUAGCUACAGCACAGCCUUUCAAACAAAAGAAAGACUUUAUGAGUGCAGUGAAUGUGGGAAAUUCUUUGGCCACAAAAUCGCGCUUGUUUGGCACCAGAGAAUCCACAGAGAAGAAAUGACUGAAAGUGGGAACAUCCUUAGACCAGACCCUGUCUUUAUUGCACAUCAGAGUGUUCACACUGGUGAGAUGCCAUGUGAGUAUGAUGAACAUGGGAAGUUCUUUAGCCAAAGCUCCAGCCUCAUCCUACACCAGUGGGUUCACUCUACUAUAAAGCCUUACGAAUGCAGUGAAUGUGGAAAAGCCUUCAGAUGCAAAUCCAGGCUUGUUCAGCACCAGAGAAUCCACACUGGAGAAAGGCCUUUUGAGUGUACCAAAUGUGGGAAAUUCUUUAGACAGAGUUCUGUCUUUAUUGAACACCAGAGAGUUCACACCGAGACAAAACCUUAUCAGUGCAAUGAAUGUGGGAAAUUCUUUAGGAGUAAAGUAACACUGGUUCGACACCAUAAACUCCACACAGGUGAAAAGCCUUAUGAGUGCAGUGAAUGUGGGAAAUCAUUUAUUCAGAGCUCUUACCUUACUGCACAUAUGAGAGUUCACACUGGAGAAAAGCCUUAUGCAUGCAGUGAAUGUGGGAAAGCCUUCAGAAUCAAAAACAAACUUGUUCGGCACCAGAGAAUCCACACUGGAGAAAAGCCUUAUGAGUGCAGUGAGUGUGGGAAGUUCUUUAGAAGCAGAGUGAUACUUGUUCGGCACCAGAGAAUCCACACUGGAGAAAAGCCUUAUGAGUGCAGUGAGUGUGGGAAGUUCUUUAGAGAAAGCUCCAGCCUUAUUUCACACCAGAGAGUUCACACUGGUGAAAAGCCGUAUGAGUGCACGGAAUGUGGGAAGUGCUUUAGCCAUAGAUCAAGCCUCAAUUUACACCAGCGAGUUCACACUGGAGCAAAACCUUAUGAAUGCAGUGAAUGUGGGAAAGCCUUCAGCCGUAAAGAUGGACUUGUUCAGCACCAGAGAAUCCACAGUGAAGAAAGGCCUUAUGAGUGCAGCAUAUGUGGGAAAUUCUUCAAACAAAGCUCUGGACUCUUUGUGCACCGGAGAAUUCACAGAGGAACAAGGCCUUAUCAGUGUAAUGAAUGUGGUAAAAACUACAGCAGGAGAUCCCACCUUGUUCAGCACAAGAAAUUUCACAUUGGAUAAAGGCCACCUGAAUCUAACAAUGUGAGAAAAUCUAUAACAGAAGCACUAUCCUAGUUUGUCUUAAAACACAACACUAGAGUAAGGCCUUAUGCAUGCAGCCUAUGUGUGGGAAAGCCUACAGCAGCCAACACAUACUUCUACACUAGAGAGAAGACUUGAGUGUUAUGAAUAUGGCUAAAGCAUUCAUAUACAAUCUUACCCAGCACCAGAAUAUUCACAUUAUAGAGAUUGUGCAGCAGAUGUACAAAAUUCUUUAUGUGUUCAAUGCCAGAGGGUUCACAUUAAUGCAAAAUUUUAUGAAUGUAGCCACUCUAGAAUGUUCUUUAUCCAUAAAAUCAUACUUGUUGUCCACCAGAGAAUGCAUGCUAGGAAAAGACUUAUGAGUACACUGAAAGUGUGAAAUUGUUUUGCUAAAGCUCUAACUUUAUCAUACAUCAGAAUUCACAUCUGCUAGAUUAGUGAAUUGAAUGUGAAUAAUUUUUUAGCCAACGCUCUUCACUUUACAGAGUUCACAUCAGAGCAAGGCCUUAUAAAUACAAGAAAUGUGGGAAAGCAUCUAGCCUUAAUCCAUAUUUCUUUAGUACUGGAGAAUCUGUACUGGAAAAUGGACUUAUCAGUUCCACAAAUGUGAACAAUUAUUUAGCCCCAAGUCUGACUUCAUUAAACAUUGGAGAAAUAAAUGCACAGGAGGAAAGUGUAGACACUAAAAAAGGUUAUCAAUCAGUGACUUACUCAUUUCCCACUGAAAAGAGCCUUAGGAGUAUAGAAGAUGUGCUAUCUGCUUAUUCAACGUAAGGAUAGACAUUGGAGAAACAUCCUGAGAAACCAACCAAAUGUUAAAUCUCAAAUCUGGACAUCCACACAUAGGGUUCCAUAUAGUUAUGUGGGACAUUGUCAGGAUUGCAUUGCAUAUUCUGACCCAUCCAAGACCCUGGUUACAUCAAUGCUGGUACCUUUGGCUGAAGGCUCCUCACCUCUGCCACUUGGGAAGUAUGAAUCAUAGAACCCCAGUAUGCUCAGUGAACAUGCACUUUGAUGGCCUUUAUCCUAUUCCCUGGAGGCAAAUCGCGAGUUGUUUAACCAUAUAUAAGUGAACCUGAAUAACGGUGGUGACUAGCAAGCUCCAGGGGUUUACCCCACAUGAAGGUGCUUCUGCAAAUAUUCUAGUCCAGUCAUCAUAGCUCUAAGAGCUGAGGGUAUGCAGAUAUACUCAGGGCCAUUGGACUUAUGUAUUACCUAUGGCCACAGUGACUGGCAGAGCAAAUAAUCUAAAGUUUUUUCUGGAUUCCCAUAGCUUCCUUGUUCUGUUCGUUCAAGAUCACUGCUGCACUGGCAGGAAAAGGGAGCCACAGAAGAAAUACUAUAGCCCAGAAAUAAAAGACUUUUGUGUCUCAUGUGGAAAUACCUUUCAUUGAUAGUCUUCCUAAAGGAUGAAAAGAAUUAUAGUGGAGCCAAUAUAUUUGCCCAGUCUGGUUUUUCAAGAGGAAUAGAAGAUCCACAUUUUUACAUGGAACCUUUUUUGAUGGUAUAUUGAGAUACAAUUGAUAUAGACUUAAAAAAUAAGCGUGUUAACAUAUGUUGAAACCACUAUUAAGUAUGAUAAUGUAGCCUAUCACCUGCAAAGUUACCUUGUACACCCAUAUGGUACCCUAUCUUCUUCCCUAGCUCAUCUCCAUGACCAGUGAUUUACUGUCAGUAUAAACUAGUUUGCCCUUUCUAGGAUUUUAUAUAAAAGACAUCAUAAAUGUUUACUCCUUUCUUUCAUUCAUCAACAUUUGGAGAUUUGUCCAUGUUGCGUGUAUGAAUUUUUGUGUUUUCUAAUACUAUUAUUUUUUUGGUAUGGAUAUGUCAUAACACAUUAUUCUGUUCAUCUGUAAAUGGACCUUUGGAUUGGUUCCAGUAAAGGCUUAUAAAAAGCUUGUAAUUAUUGCUGGGUGUGGUAGCACACGCCUGUAAUCCCAGCACUCGGGAGGCUGAGGCAGAAGGAUUG